UUUUGAAGGUCUCUUUGUAAGUAUUUGAAAACUGGCUAGAGUGCAUGAUUUCCAGCUCAUCACCAUUUCUUGUUGUUUAUACAGACUCCUGUGAAAGUUUAAAAAACAGCCAAACAAACCAGUCUCUUUGGGUUUUGAGUUCUGGUGAAAACUGAGAUUCUGGCGGGCACAGUGCGUCGUUCCCUUUCUGUUAGAGCUAGUGCAGUAGCCGUGGCUAGUUUGGCUGCUGGUUGUGUAAGCUACAGGCAGUGAUCCUUGCAGGAGCUGUUAAGCAGGAACAGUGCUAUAAGCUGUGACCUAGGUGCAUUCAAGCAGAUUGUCUGUUGGCGAAUUACAAGAGUACACAGAGGUUUGUUUUAAACAGCUUCAUCUCAAUGUACAGUAGUUGUAAUUUGAAGUCUUAAUUUAGCGGUACCUCUGGAUGUUACAUUCUUCAGUGAGCGAUGUUGUAGCCCAGAAAACUGGGUGUCAGCAGCCACGGACACGUACCUUUCUUUGUGUGUUGGUGGCAUUACCGUAAGGCCUCAAACCCUACUGUUCUGAAAACCAUUUGUGUAUUCGGAACGCUGUUUGCUUGUGUAACUGAUGGGCAAUCCUUCUGCCAUACUAAUUGGGUUGAGACAUGCGUUUCUGCUCCUGUAUAGCAAAUGUCAGUACGCAGCCCUGUGUCAGCACAGAAUGCCAGUGUUCUGCUGCCAGUGGUAUCAGACGUGAUGUAUGCAAGUGGCUGUUUAAAAAUUUGUAAGCGUGGGCUCUUCCUCUGUGAUUGUUGCCCAUGUUCUUAGCACUGCAUUGUUCUGGAAUGCCUUUCCAGAAGAGACUUUAGCAAUCCUGGGUUCUUGUAACUGAGUAAGUGACAUAAAGUAACAGACUCAAACACAGCUAUAAUUUACUGUUGCGUGUAGUUGCAGAGGGAGUGCUGUGGCUUCGCAAAUCCAUGGCUGUUUGCCUGUUUUAAAUGUGUACACUACAGCCUCUGUUACGCUGAUGAUUUCUUCUCAUGAACGUGAAACUCCAUUCUGUUCCAAAAUGUCUGACUUUAUUGCUUACAUUCCUAGGUUUGAGUUAAACAAACAACUUCUGCUUUUAGUUGGCAUUGUAUCUGCCUGCAGGUCUACAACAAAGGGAGAAAACAAAUGGAUCAAAUAAAAGUUUGACGUGUUUUGUCUGUUGUUCGCUGUUUAAUGGCAUUUCAGCUAAGGAGUGUGUACAGUGAAGCCCGUGGUUCAGUAAUGUGCUGGUAGGUCACAGCAAACUGUACACCCGUAGCAAUGUGUCACUUGGCACUGCUGCUUGCCAGGUGCACCAGGGUCUAAAGAGAUUGUAAAGUGUACUUGCAAGCUUUAGUAAAAUCAGAUGCUACCCAGGUAUUAGCUCUUAAAUUGAAUCAUCUUGACAUGAGCAAGACAUCUAUCUCAAUGUGUACAAUUCAUUACUAGCAGAAACAGCUAUGGUACAGUUUGGGGAGAGGGGGUAGGUUUUGUGGUUUAGGUAAUGGAAUCAGCAGUAGUCUUGCAUCAUACAUGAUAUGUUUGUCUUUGUUCCCUUUUUGGCCUCCCUGAUCUUAGGCAAAGAUCUUGAACUUCAGAAAGUCUAGCUUGUGUUCGUUGCCUCGUACUCAUUACAUUCUUAUUUUUUUGAACUCGUGGUCUGAUGUGGUAUAACUGCUCUAACACCCAGCUACCUGCUCGGUUGCAGCUGAGCUUGAUAGCCUUGAUGUAGGAAAAUAGAUCAUGUCAGGUCUCACAGUCAUUUCCCUCUAAAAGCUGUUUUACUGCAGGUCUUAAACAUUUUCAUUACAAAUUGUUUUGGGGGAUGUGCAUGGGAAUUCUGCUCGAUCUGAUUGUUACAUGGGACUCUGACCGAGCUCACUAUCACCUAAAAAGCUAUUUGAAGGCUUAAAAUAUUCGUCCUACAGCAAGGAUUAGAAAUUUGAGUUUUUUCCUUUGAGAGAAGCAGAUCUGGAAUUUGAUAGCAUUUUUAACUGUUAAUCUAUUAUUCUUCCAUGGUGUGAGUGCCUAGAGUUGCAGGCUUGGUGUUCUCGCUCAGAAUUGCCCUCUGAACAGGAGAGCUUCCCGACAUGGAGUUUAACAGUGAUACGUUCCUGUGAGAAACUUCUGCCUGGGACGAGUGAGUGUUGCCAUGCUGAAGGAGGAGCUCCUAGAGGUUGUGUUUGAUUUUGGAAGUUCUCCGAACAGGUGUGUGUGGGGUUGGCAGGUGUUGUCAGGAAGCGCGUAAUAACUCAGUCAAGAACAAUUUGUGUGUUUGGGGAUGGAGAGGGAAGUAGCAGCAAUUGUUAAUCUGUAUCAGACAUUAUUUCAUGCUUUGAAUCAAUUAACUUAGUGAGACUGCCUUGGUGUCAACUUUUAGGUAAUACAGCUGCCAGUUUCUCCCAAGCCCUGGUAAACCUGUUCUGUGAGCGCUUGGGCUGGGGGGUGUUGCCUGUGGGAUGGCAACAAUUCAGAGCAGUCAACUCUCCAGGUGCAGGAGUGAGCUCUUCUGUGAGCAAGUGGGACGUGGACCUGUGGCCUUUUGUCCUUGAAACUGCAAAGCACUGUGCUGAAGCCUGCAGCCAGUUAUGUGCAAUCUAUUUCAGGCGAGCUACAGGCUGAGCUAAGGCUGCAGGCCUGAAAAUCCAUGUAUGGAAGUAAAGGAGAGAAAAUAGCACUGGAGGAUUUGCUAUGCCUAUGCUUACUGCUCAAGCAAAAAGUUAUUCUGGAUGCGUGUGUCCUGUCCAGCUCUUGCAGGAGCCUGCAGUUACGCUGCUACCGUGCCAGUGGGUUAGCCCUGGUUUGGGAAUGAGCUGGAGAGAGGUAUUUUGGGUGAGGGUGAUCUGACUCCAUUUCCUCAGGCUUUCAGCUCAUUCCCUUCAGUACCUGGCUGGCUCCCAGGUAAAUGCAAGCUGCGUCAGCUGGGGGUGAGCAUUCAUCUUCCACACGUCAGGAGCAGCAGUGGGGUUGUCACCAUCGGAAGUUUCUGCUUGCCUCAUACCCUGUCACGAAGCCAAGGUGGAGCUGGGAGGAGGGAGAAACAAACGAAGCCCUGCUUCCAGCUAGAGCAGGGGCUCAGCCUGCCUGCCCUGUCCUCUGCUGCCCACAUGCACGGGCAGCACCAUGCUCCUUAGCUCCCUCCCUCUGUUGCUUUUUGCAUCCUGGUAACGUUGCUUACGUCAGAGACUGUAUAUGUUAGUAACAUGGCUGCAUUUUACGGUGCAGAAAGCUUCCUGUGGUCCUCUGAGCUGCUCUGAAGGCUGUUGCUCCAGGAGGUAUGAACAAAACUCACCCCCAGAGAAAUGGUGAUGUAACUGCUUUUGACUCGGCCAAGUCCUUCUCUGAAGAACAAGGCUGCUGCCGGCCGCGCUGUGUCCACCUGUGCUGCCCACCGAGACGGGCCUGUGUCGUGCUGCUGCUCCUGGCUGCCACAGCAGCCAUCGUGGGCCUGGCAAUCGCACUGGGACUACAGCUACGUGCACCAGGGAACCGCCCCUGUGUAGCCUCCCAUAACUGGACAGGCUUCUUGUGCGAUGACAGAGUGACAUGCAUCCCAGCCAGCCAGGUCUGUGACGGAACCGCCAACUGCAGAAAUGGAGAGGAUGAGCAGGAGAAACUCUGCGGUGACCUGCCCCACAGCCUCCCAGCAUACCUGGUUUUCCACUGCAGUAACCCUGAGUACUGGGUCUACGCCAACCAGAGGUGUAAUGGGGUGAACGACUGUGGAGACUGCUCUGAUGAGAUGGGCAUCUUGGCUGCCUGCCCUCCCUGUGGCCCAGCGUGGUGGAGCUGCAGCCCUGUGCACUACAAGUACUGCUCCUGUGUGCCCAGGGCGCUGUGCCGGGAUGGUGUGCAGCAUUGCGUGAGCUGGUCCGACGAAUACCUCUGCAGGCCAUGAGGUCUGGGCACCAAGAAGUGUUAGACAUGGCGAGGUGCUUCCUGCACUGUCACUUCCUGCCAUGCCACCAACCUGGAAGCUCUGGCAUAAGCAGGCCCAGGUGAGCAGCUGCAGCAGGCCUGCAGCAGAGAUGGGUGCUGUGCUGCUGGCAUCCCAGUGCUGCACCAACUGCGGAACACCUCUGUGGGUUCUCCUGAGCACGUGCACCUCUCAGGGCUGUGCGGGUGUAGAGUGGCAGCUUGGUGCUUCAUGAGCAGCUGGACUGAGAUGUGUUAUAGUGCAGUUAGCAAGUGAAAAAGGGGGGAAAACAAAGUCCGCUGCAGUCUUGGAGCAGCAAGCAGAGGAAAACCAAAAGCUGCUGCCAAGCCACGGGAUGACAUGGGAUCUGCUCAGUUUGCUCCUCUGCCAGUGCCGCAGGCCCAGCCAGCCGCCUUCACAGCACCCAUGAGAUGUAGGUACAGACGUGCCAUUGAAAUGUAAGAAAGCUGUGGUCUUUCUCUGUUCCUUUGAAAACCUCAUCUGUGUCUAAAACAUCAAUCCCAUAUUUACUGUUCCAGGCCCAAAAAAAACACCAGGCACUAUUCUUCCUGCAGCCAUGCCAGGUCAUAGAUCUUCAAAAAUAAAUCCCGGUUCACUCAUUU